AAAGGUGGAUCCUGGAUUGCAGACUCCGACACAUUCAAUGUCAGCCAGAGAUCGUGAUUAAUUACUUGACAUCGGGUGCUAUGUACUGUAACGAGCUAGAAACUACAUAACUCCGUCCGUUGCGCGGUAUUAGUGCAUUCUAACAGGUUGCUGUGCGGGGCAGGAAUGCGGGGUGGCACGUAUGGGAUUCGAUCGUGGUCGCUGAUCUGUGACGGCCGACAGAGCCGCGGCCGAAUCACCAUUCCCAACUCCUUCCGCAACGACCACGAUUUCAGCUUUAACUGAGUCCCCUGCUGAAUCGUACCGACACUCUGGACUACUGGAGUGCAAGGCCAGCUCGACUUUGCUAUUUCGAACUGUAAGUCACCAUCAUCUCAUGGUUAGCCUGUUAAUGAGCCUCGCAGUUCCACGAAAAUGCAGUCAAACCUCACCAUCGGCAAUCCAUUGUCGUUGGACCGCAUUCGUUCUGUCCUGGUCAGGCUAGAGGAUACCAUUAUCUUCUCCCUUAUCGAGCGGGCCCAGUUUGUCCACAAUGCUCGCAUGUAUCAGCGUGGUGCAUUCAAGGAAUUGCAUGACAUCGGAUUCAAUGGUAGCUGGCUAGAAUGGUUUCUCAAAGAGACCGAGACGUUUCACGCCAAGGCAAGAAGAUAUACCAGUCCAGACGAAUACCCUUUCUCAAGCGACCUGCCAGAACCCAUCAUACCGCCCUUAUCCUUUCCGCAAAUAUUGUACCCGAAUAAUAUCAACGUGAAUCCAUCCAUCCUUUCAUUCUACACCCGCACCAUUGUCCCCCGUAUAACCCGGCACGCCACCCUGCUCCUCGCGGCUUCAAAACGGGCCAAGGGAAUCGUCGGAGACGAGGAGUAUGAAGAUGACGGCAAUUAUGGAAGCGCUGCAACAAUUGAUAUCGAAGUCCUGCAGGCAAUCAGUAAAAGGGUUCACUACGGCAAAUUCGUUUCCGAAUCCAAGUUCUUACAAGACCCUGCAGCAUUCAUUCCGCACAUCCUGAAACCUAACCGGGAGGCAUUAGAGGCACUCAUAACAAAACCAGAAGUCGAGCGCAAGCUGCUGAUCCGAUUACAGAAAAAGGCAGAGACGUACGCCCAGGACUUUGCCUCCGAUGGAACUCAAUUAGCCAACGGAAAUGUGAAUGGGGCAUCCAAAAUUGACGUUGCUGGUGUGGUGGAACUUUACGAGAGUUUCAUUAUCCCACUGACAAAAGAGGUCGAGGUGGAUUAUCUUCUGCAACGCCUAGUUGGGCUAUCAGAUGCAGAGAUCGACAAGUUGGCUCAGAAGGGCAGCCCCUCAUCAUGACAGUUCAUUGAUACGGCCUAGAUCCCAUCAUCUACCUUCUACUUCUACUAUAAUUAAGGGUAGAUGUCAGAUCCAUCUUCGUAAAUGCCCUCCCUCCGGUACAAAAGUAGUGUCUAAGUAUUAUGGACGUUACCCCCUCUAUUCUGAUAUGCGAAGUUCCGAGUUGUUCGUCACUGUUAUCUCACCAUUGCCUACGUAACUGUUUGUCCCCGCGAUCCCUUUCGAAUUCAUAAGUACUAGUAGCCGGGCCUCCGAAUGUACUCAUUGUCGGUUUGAACUUACACCCUUUGGGGUAUUCCUUGUAUUUGUACCCAUUUACAUUUCAUAUCGGACACCUUUUCUGUCG